GCAGGCACGGCGCAAGGCGGGUCGUGGGCCGGCACGGCCCGUUUAGUUCGCGCGUGCCGGAGUACUUCGUCUUCAAGUCGUCACCAGAUUGCUUUGCCUGCCUCUCGGGCUCUCGAUCGCCUAGGUUUUGAGUAGCAGCAGAAGGGGGCAGAUCCGGCAAUGGAACCAGCAGCCGGCUGGCACUACGACGGCUUCGAUCCCAAUGCCCCGUGGCUAUGGCUUCGUCACCGGUUGUCCCGGGAUUUCAUACUUCGAUGCGAGGAGGAGCGGACGCGAGCCCGGGCCGCCGCCGCCAUGGAUGGGGAGGAGCAGUACUGGGAGGAGGAGGAUGGCGUCGACGCGCAUCGCGACCCGGCAUCCAAGAAGGCCAUGCCGAUGCCGGAGGCGCGGGAGACGAGGGAGCAGGAUGUCUGCGCCGUCUGCCUCGAGGAGCUCUUCUUCUCCGCCGCCGGCGGCGGCGUGAAGAAGAAGGAGAAGCUGAGGAUGAUGCCCUGCUCCCACUCCUUCCACCAGAGCUGCAUCUGGGACUGGCUCCUCGUCAACCGGCGCUGCCCAGUCUGCCGUCUCGCGAUGCCCCCGAAGUCCCUUGACGACGACGAGCCAGACGUCAGCCAGUCAACUGAAGAAUGUCCAUCUACUGAGCAACUCUUUCCACCAGAAGAAACAAGCGGCGACAUCUGAAUUCUGAACAAGUUUGCUGGAAACUCAACUGAAGAAUGUCCAUUUACUGAGCCAGAUAGCCACUCAUUAAUGUGAUUGCAGCCUGCCCUGUUCAUGUCCACCGGAUUAGUGACCACAACUAAAGCUAUUUUGAAUCCCUUAAUAAUUUGAGCGAAAACAACGACAAGAAUUAUGAAACUGAGGGAGUAAUUACUUGCUGCUGUGCCUGUACUGGUUUACUCUUGUUUGGUUAGUUACCUUUGUUUGCUUUCUAUGCAUAUAUCUCUGGAGGUUGAACACAUUGUUCUAUUAUACCGUGUGAGGGGGUUGUCAUGUGGAUUUCA